UGUUUAUGCAGAGAAGGGAGGAUUUUAGGCGUCCAGGGUUUUAGCUCCGCCAUCGCCAUGGCCAUGGCCAUCCCCAUCCCACCUCUAUUCCUUCUCCUCCUCUAGUCUGCCGUCUACCCCGCAAUGGCGGCCUCCUCCUCCUCCCGGCUCUUCGCGUCCCUCCACACCUCCUCCUCCCAGAUCACCGGCCGCCCCGCCGCGGCGUGGAGGGAUCCCCUCGGCCUACCCGCCCCCGCUGUCAGGGUCCGUUCUUGGAGGCGCUUCGCGGGUGCCCGCUGCGAAGUCUCGCUCGCCCCGGGCCGGCGGUUCAAUGUCCAGCCUCGUCGCCGGAACUCCCUGCGCGGGAAGGCCUCGCCGCCGCCGGCAGAACGGCAGGUACCAAAAUCCGGUUCUUUGGAUGCCAAGCGGCUGCCGGAUCUUGAUCGCGAGACGGGGAUUUCUGGUGGUCUGGAUGCUGUUCGAAGUGGAAUUUUUGUUUCAGAAUGGAACCUGGAAGGUGGUACUGACGUGGUUCGAGUCACGGAGACUGGUUCUGGAAUCGUUGGCAAUGCAGAGGUAGAAGGGCACGAUGGCAAUGUGGAGGAUGUUAUGAUAUCUGGUGCAAGAGCAUUGGCUGGGGAGUUUGAUACCGGUGAAUGUGAGGUUUCAAAGGAUAGCUCAUUGUCUCAGUUUCUAACAUUUGAGACAAAGGAACCGCUGGCUGUGCAAAUAGAUAAGCCUCAAUUGGUGGGCAUUGCUUUGAGCGGUUUUGCAACACUGUGUGCUGCGUGCAUUGUGCUCGUGGUGUCGAAGUUGAUUUGGGGAGAUGAUAAGAAAUAUUUGCCAAGGAACAUGUAUGAAAUUCUUAGGCCUGGGAUGAAUGAGGGUGAAUUGGACAAAGGUGGCAUCAAUGUUGUUCCCAAGAAUGUAAAAUCUCCAGCAGAUUUAUUAGGGAGACCACAGUUAGAUAGACGUAAAUUGAUGAAUAACAUCAACAGAGCUAAACGAUCUAGAGAAUUAUGCACCCUCAGUAAUGUAUUUGGUUACUGUAGUGUUGCAAAUUGUUGUGAUGCAAUUAUAACAGAGAUCAGAAGAAUGGUAACAAAUGUUCAUAUGUUAUUUACAGAAAUCCUUAAAGAAAGCAAAACAAGGAGACAAAAUUAUGUUUUGCUUCCACACCCUGUUUCUACCAAUGGCCAAGUGGUUUCUGCAAGUCACGGUCAAUUUUCUGCAUGUCUCAGUGAUAUGUUGGGCAGUACUAAAUUACCUGAUAUCAGUAUAUCCAAUAAUAUUAUUGAGGAAAGUGUGGAGUCAUCCGUGGAUUUCAAGAACGGUUCACAUGACAUGGACAGUAGUGUCAAAGAUCAGAACAAUGUUGGAGAUAUUGAAUUACCCAAGACCACACCUACUAGUCAUAUGCCGAUUGAUGCAAAGAAUAGUAAGCCCAUGAUAGAUAUGGCUGAAAUAGAAGAAUAUAGUGAUUCUCCAUAUGAAUAUAUUCCUGAUCUUAUCCCAUCAUUUGAAUUUGAAGGAAAAAGGAAAUUUCCAGACAUAGGUAUGAGGAAUGCGGAUGACUUUUUUGGAAUAAAAUCAUCUUCAGAGAUCAGUAGUGACACGGAGGUGAUUGAUACCAAUGAUAAUUCACACCAGUUUAGCAUUAAUGUUGUCUCAAAAGUAGCUGACAAUUUGUCAUCUGGUUAUUCCAACAUCACAGCAUUUGAGUCAGAAAGUAAGAAAAUACCCAUGGAUAUUAAUGGGAAUGAUCUAAAUAACUUUCGAGAUAUUGAACCACCAAGCACUUUUGCAAAUGAUGAUGUUCAGGCAGUUCAAUAUGAACAAUUUUGUCAUAGCAUAAGCAUGAUAGGUAAAGAAGCUCAUAUAAAUCCAGCAACUGCUGAUGUUUUGACUACAAAAUCACCUCAGAGAAUCAGUGAAGAGCCUUUAGAUCUGAUGAGAGAGAAUGUACAGUCCAUUCAAGAACCAUCUGGCUCUAUUAUGGAUGACAAACAUAUAGUUCAUGCAAAUCAGAUAAACAACAUUGUAAGCGGAAGUCAUGAUGAAAUACAGGCUAGUUCAGAAGCAGACAGUACUGGGACAAUUGACAAUGCUAGCACAUCAUCAGUUUAUGCCCUGCCGGAAGAAUCAAUAUGGCAAAGUGCAAAAAAGUUAACAAAGAACACAUCUUACAACGAAGAACCUGAAGAAUCUAUUAUAAAAAGGAAAAUUAAAAUGCACCAAGAAGUGUGCAAAGAUAAUGAUGCUCAAACAAAGAACAAUGUAGGAGGUGUACCUGAGAUUGGUACUAAGGUUGAUCCAUCAAAUGGUGUAUGUAAAACUGAAAGAGUGGCAAAGAAACGGUUAAAGAAAAUGCCAUGCGAUAAGGGAGUUAAAGUGCCAACACAAGAUAUUGUUCAAAGUAACAGCAUGGCUGGUAAGAAAAGCUGUAGCCAGAAUGUUAAAAGAACAAGGAACAAUCUUAAAAGUGCACCUCGCAACCAAGGAGCUCAAACAAGACAAGAAAUUUCAGAGACAGCUCCUAUAGUAAAUUUGCCUGAUGAUGCACCUAGAGCUGAAAACAUGAAACCUUUUCAUGGGUCAGGUUCAUCAGGAGAAAUUCGAUCUCCAAUGUAUUCUGAUACAUUUAAUGAGGCUCAGCCAAAUGGAUUCAGUAUUGGUACAAUGAGGAAGGAAAAACCAAAACACAAUUUCCAAGCUCUGGAAAGUGUGGAUGCAGCAGCAGUAAAAAUUGAAACCAAUAAGCAUGCUGACAAUGUCAGGAAUGAGAGAGCAAUUGAUUUUGACAUAUCAAAUUUGGGUGUGACCACCCCCAAGAAAAUGACAAAGAGAAGGUCAUUGAAGCGUAGAAAGUCUACUAAUGGACUCAGAGGAGCCACUGAUGUGCCAUCGGAUGUAUAAAUUAUUCCAGUUAUUCUCCUCCAUGUAUAAGGUUUUUUUUGGCAGAGUUGCACCUAGUUAAUGUCCAACAAAUUGCUCAGUGGGCGACUAUGACAAUAUUGCACAUGCAACCACCAACUAAGGAUAAAUCAUAUCAUCAACCAAAGCAAUAAUAAUCAUCUUUGUGUUGCUAAAAGAUGAUCGAGUGAAACAUGCUGCUGUAAGAAAAACUUGGUAAUGUAUUCCUUGACCGGAUCUCUUUUUUAGUCCAACUGGAUUAUGUUCAAUUUUUUACAUUAGUCAAUAAUUCCUAUUCCAUUUGAACUGGAACUUCAUUAUGAAAUUUAUUCACCACUGUAGCAUGCAUAAUGUGAUUCCUAAACAAUAAUGUUCUAGAAUUAAUUCAGCUCAAACAUUUUAAAACUUUGGCCACUAAUUUUUAGUACAACAGUAUGUGUAUUUCUCCUGUUUUAUUUAAAAUUUUGGUCAAUUUGGCAUGAAAAGUACUUCAGCAGUACAAUUUUUGAACACCAAACAAUAAUGCUCAGAUUGGAGAUUGUUGUCAUGUCUAAACUGUAAUUUGUUUCUCUG